AUGCUUUGGUAUGGAAAUGAAAACCUAUAUUAUACUUAUUAAUUUAUAAGGAGGAGAAAUAUUUGGGAGUUUGUUUCCUCAUCUCCACAGUAUAAUUUCAUAAUCAAUGAUUAGAAAGAUCUGGUUAUUUAGUCGAGAUAUAAGGCUUUUAAAUUUUAUGAGAAAUAAUAAAACUGGAAUUGCACUUAGAAAAUUCAAACCCAAUUAAAAAUAAUGUGUUAUAGCAUAAAUUAAUCAUCAAAUAUGUAGUCUCUGCUUGUUAAGAUCAUGUAGAAAUUUUUAAAUAGAAAAAAAAUAGCUUUGGAUGCUUAUAUAAACUAUCCUAUCCAUUUAGAUUAGUGGGGAUAUCGUAUGUGUAUCUUUGAGGAUGAUUUUUUUGUUUUUAAACCAAGAUGCAAGGAUUAUCUAUAGAUUUAUCGUUUGGAUGCUUAAAAUUAAUAGUUUGGACUUAUUAAGAACGUAAAAAUAGAAUCUGCAAGCAAUGUUUGCCAUAAUUAUUUUCCCUUAUAAUUCAUUAAAAAUAAAAAGAUUCUCGUGGAUAAGAAUGGCAGAUACAUAAAUAUAAUCAAAAUAUCACCUACAGGAGAUUGUGAUACAUCAUAGAGUAUAAAAUUUGGAGAUUAACUUUUCUAUGGUACCACGACGAAUGAUGGGGAGUAUCUUGUAACAUGGGAUAAUAAAUCAGCUGAAUUACAAAUUAGAAAAUUUUCAGAAUGAUAGGUAUGUUAUUUAGUAUCUGAUUUAGCUAUUUAGAAAAGCUCUAGAAUUUUAUCAUAUAAAGGUGUAAUCAAAGUUUUUAAUACCUUAGCUUUAAUUUUAUACAGUAUAAAUAAAUUUGAAGAAGAAUUAUAAUAUUAUGAUUAUGAUAUUGAAAAAUUUCUGCCAACCCAAUCAUUUAUCAUAACAAAGGUAGAUUAGAUUUAUCAUCAAUUUUAGGCUUGA